UUCUUGAAUAUGAUGCAAUACAUUUUGAAGCUUUCGCUAUAAUUGCUUUCUCAAGGAAAAAUAAACUAAAAAGAGUAAACAGUACAUACCCAUAAAGAAACUUUACAAGUUUUAUUGUUUGGUUGAAGUAAAAAGCAUUGCUUUCGUACCACCUCGAACCUUUCGCUUAUAGUUUAAUCUCUGACACUGAAACAACUCACGAUGACGACAAAAGAUGUAAAAUUUCUGAAUUGACAACCACAAAACAAAAUAAGAUCUCCUAGCUGACCAAAAUAUAAAUAUAGCUCAGUAAAUAUUCAUUGAAGACCCAAACUGAAACCACUCACGUCACCGUUAUUGGAAGCAAGGCCCAAAAAGUCAGAUUCUAAGGCCCAAUAUGAUGCAUGCCGGGCACGUGGAUACACAGUAAAAGCUCUGUUGCGUUCGACAUGAAAAUGUUUCCUAAAAGAUGGAUCGAUUCCAUUACGAAAAACCAUGCAGCCACGUGAUGUUAUUUAGAGGCUACUAACCAACGGUUUCUAUCGUACCACGUGUAAUACCAUGAACAUAAUCGACUAUUUUAAUUGUUGCCUUUAACUCUAAUCAACGAAUAAGCUCGUAUACAACCACUCUGUUGGUCUAUGAUUUAGUUAGAUUAUAUAACAAACUGACAAGACAAAGUACAAGAAUAAUCAUAUAGUAUACGUACUAUUGAUGUCGACCAAACAUAAUUACAUAUUCUAUUUUCGGAACAAAUUAAGAGAAAUGUUGGCAAACGAAAAACUAAGAACGUUAUGUAAAAACAUAUUAAAUGAGAGAUUCGAAAACAUUAAUAUUUUCUUUAUAUAGUUGUGAAUUCCAAAUAUGAAAUGCCAUUGAAUUAAAUUGAAUUGAAUAUUUCCUUAACUUGCACUCAAUACUAAAUAUAAUUUCUUGAUGUAAGAUAUAUGUCGAUGAAUAUACACAAGGUUACACCAAAUCCCACUAUCUCACUCUAGAAAAUUAAAAAAAAAUACGAUUUGAUCGCUCUAACAGAAUGAAAGUAACGGCUGGUUUUAAUUCUCCGACAAGAGAUAUGCCGUCUCCGACAUUGUUUCCUCUCUUCUGCGUUUUGUUUCUCUGCUUUCCAGUUGCUGUCAUCUUCACAGUCCAGCGAGAAAUCACCGCCGCAGUUUCGCCGGAGCUUGGCUUCCACUCACGAAAUCUACACGCUUCUACUCCGGCGGUUCGAUUUCGUCAGCAGAUUCCUAAAGACGACGAACAGCUUCUCCGACUCGCUUCCCGGGUCAACCCGAACCAGCCUUCUCCCGGGUCGAUCCGGAAGCUGGCUUUCAUGUAUCUAACAACGGCGCCUCUACCGUUCGCGCCUCUGUGGGAAGCCUUCUUCAACGGAAGCUCCGAUGAGCUCUACAACGUCUACGUUCACGCAGACCCGACCCGAGAGUAUGACCCGCCGUUCACCGGCGUGUUUGAGAAUCGAGUCAUUCACUCGAAGCCCUCUGAACGGAACACACCCACUCUCGCUUCAGCCGCGCGUCGGCUAAUAGCUCACGCGCUUCUCGACGAUCCACAGAACUACAUGUUUGCUCUCUUCUCGCCUUCCUGCGUACCAAUUCACUCCUUUGACUUCACUUACAAGACGUUGGUCUUGUCUCGCAAGAGCUUCAUCGAGAUACUUAAAGACGAGCCGUUACAGUUCGAAAGAUGGGCCGCGAGAGGGCCCAUCGCGAUGCUGCCGGAGGUGAGGUUUGAUGACUUUCGGAUUGGGUCUCAGUUUUGGGUUUUAAAAAGGAAGCACGCGCAUGUGGUGGCGCGUGAUCGACUUAUCUGGGAGAAGUUUAAUAAGACAUGUUUCUGGGAAGGCUCGUGCUUUCCCGAAGAAAGUUACUUUCCGACACUUCUUAAUAUGAAGGACCCGCGCGGGUGUGUCCCAGCUACGCUCACGCACGUGGACUGGACCAUUAACGAAGAGGGCCACCCGAGAAUGUAUGAGCUGGAGGAAGUGGUGCCUGAGCUGAUAGUUAGGUUGAGGAACACUAGACCGAGAUACGGUGAGGAUGGAAUCAACGGUUCGGAUUGGACAGUUGGGAGGAGUGAUACGUUUCUGUUUGCUAGGAAGUUUUCUCCUGAUGCUCUGGAGCUGUUAAUGGGUAUGGCUAGAACCGUGUUGUUUAAUGACUCGGCAUGUGGUGCGUGAAUGGUUCUCUGAUGGCUUUGUUGUAAAUUUAGAUGUAGUUUUAGUUCUUUUGUUUUGGUCAAGAAGUAGAAAAAAAUAAUUGUAAUCUAAUGGGUAGCUGGGACAAAAGAACCCAGUCUAUCAUUAUCCAAGGGGCUUGUUGAGUUAGACGUCAAAGCUCAUCCUCAUAAAUUCGCAACUGAAGUUAAGCAUCAGCAAAUCAAUUUACCUCAGUCACUGACCAAUGUAAUGGGAAGAAAAUGAAUAUAUAUAUAUAUAUAUAUAUGCAUGCCAAAGUUCCUCAAAAUCUUGGGUUAGUCUACAUCUCAAAUGGAUAUUAAGCAAUUUACUAAUUUUUAAUCUUCAGUUCAAGAGAUUUUACAAGUUAGAGAAUCAAAUACAGGACCAGGAGAGGUACACGAACUAUCUAUGUUUCAUGUUCUGCAUUGGCUUCUUAUUCUGUUAUAAGGAGCAAGUGGUAAUACAGUUUUAUCUAUGAUUUAGAACACAUAAGUUGGUUUUUUUAUUGAAAUGGUGGCGCCAAUUUGUUGUCUAGUGGCUUUAGUUGCUGAUUCAUUUUAAUAUUUAGAUUAUAUUUAUUUUCCUUGGUUUCAUUCACCAUUGAAAAAGAGUGGUUUAUUUAGCAGGAAACUGAUAUGAAGUAUGCUAUAGCCUGUUUGGUUACAGGCGAAACAUGAAAUAGCAACAAACAAGCUUAGUCACCUGAUAUUUUAACAUAAACAGAUUUUAUCACACAGAAUAUAAAAUAAUUACAUUUACCGAUCGCUACUCGCUUGCUUCACCCAACUCAAACCAAAGGGGGCAAAGAUAACCAGGCGAUCUCAGAAGAAUUCAAUGUUUUACAAUAGGUAUACAAGUUCAAGAAAAAAAAGGUUUAAAUGACAUUAUUAAUCAAACUCAAAAGAUAAACAGUCUCAGAAGUUCAAGCAAACUCAUAAC